AUGGGCAGCGCAGAGACUCUUCAGUACUGGAACUACAACAUCCCCGAGGACGAGAGGACGGAUCAGUGUCCCGACUUUCUCCAGAACCUCUCAGCCAAGGACGUCGGCAUCCUCUCGACCCCAGACUCCGAAUUCCACAUCCUCUCCUGGGACGAGGUCCGCCAGAUCGUCCAGUCCAACCGUCUCGAGGUCUUCAAGCGCGUGCCCUCUGCCCUGCGCCGCUACAAGGCCUUUGUCUUCUACCUCAAGAAGAAGCACGGCAGCGUCGCAAACUUCAUCCUCAACCAGCGGCUAGGCUGGUCUGCCCCUGUGGCGCCGCGCGGCGCACCCUUUGAGUUUGAGGACGACUACAAGAUCCUCCACAACGAUGCGCCAUACGGAAUAGACCCCAGGAUCGUCCACCUCGUCGUGUGGACAAAGUUUGACCUCGUCGAGGAUCCUGCCACGGGGGACCUGGCCGACGGGGCGAGGCAGGAGAUUGAUGACUUUGUGACGACGACGUUUCGGGCAAAUGUCCCUAAUGAACAUGUCAUGUGGUUCAAGAAUUGGCGGGCUUUGCAGUCUGUGAAUGCUGUCAAGCACUUUCACGUCAUGCUGUUUGAUCCAGAUCCCGACUUCAUCCGCGCCGUCACAAAGGGAGACGUUCCUCGUUGCGGUUUGAAGAUGGAAUAG